UGGCCACGCCUCUGUAUUAGGAUUUUAACUCUGUCGCCGGCAGUGCUGUUUCCAACCGGAUUCUACUCCAGAUUUUUGUUUACAACGUGACGCUUUUUUAAAUAAAAUAAGAAUUUCGCUAAGGAGACCGGAAGCGUCAAUCUGCCUCAGUUGGUCGUGUUAGUCGGCCUAAUGAGAAGGUGAAUUGCACUUUUGGGACACGUUAACGGCGUGAAUCAGAGGAAGAAGAUGGUGGUUUUAUCGCAAUGGUGGUGCAGACGGACACAUUUUGGAAGCUUUCUUGAUUUUCACCGCCAUUGAUGUCAAUGUCAUAACGCGUUUCCUUCGUUAACUGCGGAUACCGUUUUAAAAUAGACAGGGAUAUGUGAUAAAGGCUUGCCUUUUUUUUCCCCAAAACCACAACAGUAUAAGCACCUGCUCCAUGUCCUGCUGUGUUAUGGGACCCUUGUGUUCCUCUUGGAGGAUUAGAGGAUUUUACCUCACUGCUGAAGCAUAAUUACCUGCUCGGAUAUGGCACGGUUUAUUUUCCAAAUGAACAGAAGAGAGAAACCUGUCAGUCUGGCAGCAUUACUUUUAGCAGUGUAUAACUAUGAAACUAUCAUGUGAGUGAAAUGAAUUACAGUACCAAGUUUACAGUACAGAAAUUGCAAGGAUGUAAGGAUUAAGAGUGCAAUAUCAUUGGUGAGUAACUGUCCACAUCCUCAUGGAGAUUAAAGAACACUGGGUCACUACCAUGGGUUUAGGUAUGCCCGAAUUUGAGGACUGUCAGAACAGCAAAUUGCAAGCUAAGAGGAUCUAUGACCUGCAGGAAAAGAAGCAAAGUCUGCAAACACUUUUAAGCAGUAGACAAAAGGAACUGCGACAAGUGUGUCUACUGGAGGCAGAACUGACAGGGAAACUUCCAUGUGACUUUCCUCUGGAAGUGGGUGAACAUCCUCCAAUUCUGCAGCACAGAGCUGGAAAGGCAUUAAAUGGCACUUCAAAUGUAGAGGAUAACCUGGGCCAGCGAAGACAAGUGAAGACUGGGUUCAGUGUCACCCUCUGUCAAAACACUGAGUCAGACAAAAAUGCUGUAUUCAACAAGAGGACUGUUCAUCGUGGAUGUCACACAGAGGAAAUGGUUAAAUCGGAGAGCUGUUCCAUGUCAGAUUCGACUCCCUCCCAAGACAACGAUGUGUCAGGAAUGACAAGUAACUUGAUAAAGGAUUUGUCUUCCAGUGUGGUUUCUGAGAAUCGCUCACUUUCUCACCCUCGCCUGGCCUCAGGCAGUCCUGACAGCCGUCUGUGUAAGACACUGUCUCCAGUGGAGAUUUACUAUGAGAUGAGGACUUGCCAUAACUCUGCCUGUAACUCUGUCAGCCCAAGUCAUUCCCUGCCUAGAAGUGCAUCCAAUAUGGAUGCCAUGAGUGUACCAGCUACACCUAUUCUACCUCAAAAUAUGCCAGUCUGCAUUCAGUGCAGGUCUGAUAUAUCUGGUGAUGUAGCACUAAAACAGUGGGACAGAAGUCCGGAUGUUGCUCAAAUUGUUCCACUGGCAUCUCCAGAGAGUUCCUCCUCACAGCAUACAAGUUACAUAUACAACUCUCUUGCCCGCCGUAGCAACAGCUCUGAGGCAUUGCUUGACCAUUCCAAACAUCGUCAGCUAGUGGCGCCCCAAAACUGCAUGUCUCCAAGAACUGGACCCUAUAAGAGCUCAGAGUCUUUGACUGACAGCAAGCUAAGGCACAUGUACCGUGGGAGCCCAGAAAGGCAACUGGGUGGAUCUAAAGAACAAGGCCAUAUGCAUUCAUCAGUUAAACAAGGAAGCGGGGAUGGCUAUAGUGAGCCACUGAUGGACUGUAUGAUCAAACCACAGAAGAGAUCAGUUCAGUCUCAGCAACACUUUUCUUUAGAGCACAUAUGGCCUGACCUUUCUGCUGUUCCCAAAUCUGGUCCCUCGACUCACUGCAAUGUUUUUUCUCAUUCCCAGAUGCACCUAGCAUCUGCAACACCGUCAUACAGCCCCAUAUUUGUGCAGAGUUAUCAGCCUAAACCACGUCAAGUGAAAUUCACACGGACUAAGUCCUGUGGUCCCUUUACUCCUCUCCAACAGCACAGCCUGGACCAUUUACUGGUAUAUGCUUUUGAACCUACCAACCUUUUAUCUGGCUCCACUGCUUCAUCCUUUCCAAACCUACUACCCCACCAAUCAGAGAAGCCCAAUUCUAAUGUCUCUUUUAGUAGCAAACCUGGGCCCUUCUCCCUGCCUGCCCUGGAUGACUCUACCCGCAGCCUACACAAGGCCCUGGCACUGGAGGGCCUCCGAGACUGGUAUCUGAGGAAUGCACUAGGUUACCCCACUACAGCCAGGGGCCAAGAUGGACUUCACUUACGCCCCCCGACCCACCUGGUCCACCUUCCGUGGUCUGUCCCACUCGGCCCACUCUACUCACAUCCACAAAUUUCUCAGUCAACCUCUUUUCAUGGACACCCACUACGUGGCAGGUCUGAGGAGCUCUUUCACUACCCAGAGCCAUUUACCUCCAAGGAAAGUGCUCAGAAGGAGUCUAGCUCAGAUCACCUUGCCCCUGGAACUCUGGUAUGACUGCCAGAUCACACUACAGUAAAAAACCUACAUUAUAACAAGUUAAAAACAAGUUAUACAGUUGAUGAAGGGAUUAAUGGUUUUAUAAAUAGAGAUUAGUCUAAACAUGAGAUUGUGUUUGCCCUAAUUUAUAAAUGCAUACUAUUGAAAUACAGUAUAAUUAUGUUGCUAUUACAUUUGUAUAUAAUCUGGGCAGCUGUAUUAAGCUUAUCUUUCCAUGUGCUUUAGAUAUAUUUUCAUGUAUAAAUAGAUAUAGAUGUAUUCAUUUAAAAAUUUCUAUUUUGAAGCCAAUAUAAAUACACAUUUAUGAACAUGAGUUCAAUAAAUAAUGAUCUCAUGUAUUUUCAAUGUGUUGUAAAACUUUGAAUGUAUAAACCUUUGGUUUAAUACCUGUAUGUAGCUAUGAAAAGUGCAAUGUACCAGUCAACUAAACCUGGGGAAAAUUGUUAAUAGAUAAAAUGCUUUUAUGAAAAUCUAGGCCUUCAAACUGUUUUGGCUUCCAUCUUGUGCUGCAACUUGUGAUUUUGUAUCUGCAUAUUUGUAUAUUAGUAAUUAUUAAAAUAUUAAAAUAAUAAAAUAAUUAAAAUAAACAGGCAUACUAAUAUAAUUUUAGUUUGCCUGUUUAAAAUAUUUGUUAGCAUUUUCAUGGUGGGAUGCUUUACACCAAAAUCACACACUUAAAUAAUUAUGUUUGGAAACAAAACAUAGUUACAGUAGCAAGUACAAAUCACCAACCUGUAGCCAUUUUGAAACAUCUUGUCUUAUUAUGACUGAGCAACAUGCAGCUUUGAGAUUAACUUACUAUGCUGAGCACAUACACUGUAGAAACAAACCUAUAGAAUAUACUCAAUAAAUGUGAGGUAAAAAUUUACACUCUAUUUAUUUGGGUAGAUUUUCUCUCAUGUAUUUUUUUUAUGUUGCAAUUAUUAUUGUUACAAAGGUUGUAUGGGUAUAAUUUACACAAAUCUUACUUGCUGACUAAUAAUAAAAUUUACCACCCUCCGAAAUACACUUACGGCCAAAGGUUUCUAAUCAUCAGACACAUAUGUGGGCUUUCCCUAAGCAGUUCAAACAAAACUCCAAAACACACCUAUAUUGGUUGUCUUUGCAUUCUGUAGCUUAUGUGGCCUAGUCCAACCAUGUUUUAGCAUUACAAUGUCUCUGUGCUAAAACAAGACCACAUGGUUUGCCAAGUUUGGAUUCAAAGAAUCUGAGUGGCCUACAUAGAACAUUGCCCAUAUCCCCAAUGAACUGGAACAGCAGCUUGCAUGACAUCAAAAAUCCCCACUGCCAUGCUAACAAAAAAAUUUAGGGGAAAACCUUCCCAAAGAGGUUAUUAUUAAGAGCAAAUGGGUGACUAAAUCUGAAAUAGGCAAAAACCAUAUAUGUUUAAGAUGGACCAGUGUCUACAAACCUUUGGUCAUAUCAUUGAAAUACUAGAAAUCCCAAGGCUAACAAUGGGAAAUAACAAUGUAUAAGCAGUUUUAUUAGGAGACAAUUAUAAGAAUUCAGCAUUUUACAUUUUCAAAGUAGACAAAAUUGAAAAUAAAUUUAGUGUGUA